UGUUCCGCAGUUUGAAGGAGACACGGCUCGAUCACGAAACUGUGGAAAAUUAAGGCAUCGCUGCUGAAGAAUUAAGUGAAGAUGGUGGAGUGAGCAUGGCAGAAAAUUAAAAUUAUCAAGUUUCAGAGGAGAAACUCAGUUUGUUCUCACUUCAAGUGAUUUUCCCCCCUUCGAUUCUAAAAUUGAAUGGCGUGAUUGGAUCUCAACGACGUGGAUAUUCACAUUAGUUGGGACUGUGGAAAAUGGAUUCAAGCGUUACCACACGAAGAGGAGUUUUAUUUAUUAUUUUCACAGUGUUAAGUCUUCUGCAUGGCUCCAGAGGAGAAAUCCCUCCCAAACCAACCGCCGGUGUCACGAUUGUUCCCCCAGUCAAGCCCGACAAUGAGCCCCAGGCCUAUCCAGACGCAGAAACAGCAAGUUUACCGGUCUUUACUAUGAAUUAUCCAAGAAUUCAGAUACCCUUUGAGAUCACUCUUUGGGUGCUGCUGGCUUCAUUUGCGAAGAUUGGCUUCCAUGUGUACCACAAGAUCACCAUCUGGGUGCCAGAGUCAUGCCUUCUGAUCAGCAUUGGUCUGAUCGUGGGUGCCAUCAUGCACUCUGUCCACGAGGAGCCCCCUGCUGCGCUUUCCAGCAAUGUCUUCUUCCUCUACAUGCUGCCCCCCAUUGUCCUCGACUCGGGUUACUUCAUGCCCACCAGACCUUUCUUUGAGAACAUUGGCACGGUAUUGUGGUUUGCGGUUGUCGGGACUCUGUGGAACAGCAUUGGUAUAGGCAUGUCUCUGUUUGCCAUAUGCCAGAUCGAGGCUUUUGGGGUGCAGGACAUCAACCUCCAGGAGAACCUGCUGUUUGCCACCAUCAUCUCGGCCGUGGACCCUGUGGCUGUGCUGAGCGUGUUUGAGGACGUGUCUGUGAACGAGCAGCUCUACAUCGUGGUAUUUGGGGAAUGCCUCUUCAAUGAUGCUGUCACUGUGGUGCUGUACAACAUGUUCAGCUUUGUGGCGGACAUGCCAGUGGUGGAGCCAGUGGACGUUUUCCUGGGCAUGGCGAGGUUCUUUGUGGUCGGGCUCGGUGGGAUGGGCUUUGGCCUUCUAUUUGGCUUUGUGGCCGCCUUCACCACAAGAUUUACUUCCAGGGUCCGAGAAAUCGAGCCACUGUUCAUAUUCAUGUACAGCUACCUGGCCUAUCUGGUGGCCGAGCUCUUCACUCUCUCAUCCAUCAUGGCCAUUGUUACCUGCGCCCUCACAAUGAAAUACUACGUGGAGGAAAAUGUUUCCCAGCGUUCCUGCACAACCAUCCGCCACGUGGUCAAGAUGCUUGGCUCCAUCUCGGAGACCCUCAUCUUCUUCUUCCUUGGGGUCGUCACAGUAACAACAGAACACGAGUGGAACUGGGGCUACAUCCUGUUCACGCUGCUGUUUGCCUUUAUAUGGAGAGGUCUAGGUGUCUUGGUGCUGACCCAGAUCAUUAACCCUUUCCGCACCAUCCCAUUCAACCUGAAAGAUCAGUUUGGUUUGGCCUACGGUGGUCUUCGAGGUGCAAUUUCAUUUGCCUUGGCUUUCACUCUUCCUGAUACCAUUGGCCGCAAGCAGCUCUUCGUCACUGCCACCAUUGCCAUUAUACUCUUCACUGUGUUUCUUCAGGGCAUCAGUAUCCGACCUCUGAUUGAGUUCAUCAAUGUCCGCAGAACCAACCGCAAUCUUGACACCAUCAAUGUAGAGAUCCACUGCAGGCUCAUGGAGCACACCAUAGCAGGCAUAGAGGACCUCUGUGGACAGUGGAGCCACUUCUACUGGAAGGACAAGUUUAUGAAAUUCAACAGUCGAAUCCUGCGUAAGAUCCUGAUCCGAGACAGCCGGGCCGAGUCCAGUAUUGUGGCAUUGUACAAGAAGCUAGAGCUGCAGAAUGCCAUGGAGAUCCUGGACACGGUGACGGGAGACAUCAGUGCCGCUCCGUCCAUCGUCUCACUCUAUGAGGAAAAGAAAAGCUCUUCUAAACCUAAGAAGAAGUUCCUGGCUGCUGACCUGAAGAACAUGCAUGACAUCCUGUCCAAGAACAUGUACAAGAUCAGACAACGGACGGUGGCAUACACAAGUAAACAUGCCCUGCCUAACGACAGCCAGACCAAAGAGAUUCUGAUCAGACGCCACACCAGCAUUCGCCGCAGCCUCCGACCUGGCAGCUUCCAAUCAUCGGCGGUGCCCAGAUCUCAUAAGUACUUCUCUCUUCCUGCUGGGAAGAGCCUGGACUCAAAAUUAUUUCCCCCUGAGAGGCAGAGCUAUGCAGAUGAUCAAGAAACCAUGUCAGAGGUGGACUACCCCUCCAGACGCUCUCGGUUUGGCCAGCCAGCACGCUCCUCCUCCAGAGCCAUGAUGCCUCUAAGAAGGCUGGGCACCCUAAAAGAAGUGCCCUCUGUUGAUAUUCUGGAUGAAGGCAGGAGUGAGAGCGGCAGGACAGGGCGUGGCAUGUCCAGAACGAACUCCUCCUACAGUGAUUCUCGUGUGCCUGCCCCUCGCCGUCAUUUCAGCUCCUCCGCUGACAAUAACAGUGACUCAGCUGAUAACUUUAGAAAUCUGCAUCAUGAAGCACAGGAGGAGGAGGAGGAGCAGCAGCAGCAGCAGCAGCCUCCAUCUGCAGCCUGGGCUGCUGAGCCCAGAGACAGCGUGACACGAAACCCCCUGCUCAGACGGCCUCAGUGGAACCCAAAGAAGAUGUAGAA